AUGGGCAGUCUGCGGUACCUGGUUGCCAUCACCGCGUUCCUUGUUGUUCCUGCCACAUCCGUGCUCCUUGGCAUCACCCUGCCCGCUGGAUUCGCGGUAACGCCAUACUACGAUGCCGGUGUCCCAGGGGCCCGCAGCCUCACGCUGAGCACGGCGCCACCGCCGGCGGGGCAGGGACCCAUCGUCUACGUGGCUAACAACAAGGAUGGCAAGAUCUAUGCGCUCCUGGACGACGACAAUGACGGAUUCGCCGAGCGCCUGGUCACCCUGGCCUCGGGUCUGACAACCAGCAAUGGAGUGGCCUGGCACGACGGGGACCUGUACGUCUCCGAGCUCGAGCGCCUGUGGCGCUUCCCUGGUAUCGACGCUGUGGCUCGCCGCGGCUCGGGAGAGUACCCCGCGGACGAGGCAGAGCUGCUCAUCGACUCCCUGCCCAGCGCCAGCCAGCAUGGCGCCAAGUACAUUGCCGUCUCCCCUGCCGGCCAGCUGUACAUGAAUAUCGGGGCGCCCUGCAACGUCUGUGAGCCGGGGAGCUACCAGAAGAAUGCCUCCACUCCCGUCUUCCAGUACGGCAGCAUCGUGAGGUUCAACCUCAAAGACUGGACCACCCUCGAGACGGUGGCGUACGGCACCAGGAACAGCGUGGGCUUCGACUGGCACCCGGAGACGGGAGACUUUUACUUCACGGACAACGGCCGCGACGAUGUGGGGGGCAGCAACGCGACAGUCACCGACGCCAGCCCGGACGACGAGCUGAAUGUGGUCAGGGCGGCGGGCGGGUUCUAUGGGUUCCCCUACUGCCACACCGGGGCCCGGGGCGGCAUCACAGAGGCGCCCUGCGCCCGGCUGUCUGGCAUGGGGACGCCGGUCGUCGACCCCCAGACCAAUGCCGGCCAAAAGACUCUGAGCUGCGACGCGAGCGAGGGUGGCUACAUCCCAGCGGUGCAGGCGCUGGGACCACACAUGGCCGCGCUGGGCAUCACAUUCUACAGGCGCAAUGCGAGCGCGCCCUACGCGUUCCCGGAGGAGUUUGACCGUGCCGCCUUCAUAGCCCAGCGCGGAUCCUGGAACAGGCGGACCCUGGCCGGGUACCGCGUGGUGACCGUGGCGCUGCGCGGCGACGGCACGGCAGAGGGCGUGCGCCCCUUUAUGUCGGGGCUGCUGGAGGGGGACACAGGCCUGCCCGCCUGCCCCGCCACGCCCAAGUCCAACCAGGCUGCUGUGCGAGGCCGGCCCGUGGACGUGCUCCAGCUUCCAGACGGCUCCCUCCUGGUCUCGGACGACACCGGCAACGCGGUGUACAAGGUGGCCUACCAGGGGCGCAUCCCCGUCGUGGGCCUGGCCGGCUGA